UGUGUGUAAAUUAUGUGUUGGUUGAGAGUCAGCACCACGUCACAGAUUAAUUCCUCACCCUCUCAUUUAGACGUGGCAUUCUGUCUGCACAGUACACAUAUCUGUCUCGGCACAGUUUUCACUUGGGCUGUCAAGGUAAACCAGACAACCUCACACAUUUAAGCAUCCUAGAAGGCAGGGCCUAAUGUUCUAGUGCCCUCUUUCCCAUGAGUGCCUCUCUUGGUGAAGACUGACGGAUUGUGAUCCAAGGUGCUUCUUCUGUUCGUCUUGAUCUCUGUCACUUUUUUCUCUCUCCUCUCAUCAAGAGGAGGCUCUCGAGGAACCAAACAGGCGUAAAGGCUGUUGGUCAUUCAGCAGCAAACAUGACAAACCCCUGCAAUGUGGCUAUGGAGCUUCUGGGGAUGUUUAUUGGGACAGGGGGCUGGUUCUGCUCGCUGGCAGCCACUAUCAUGCCUCAGUGGCUGUCUCACUCAACUGAGCUGAUGGCUUCUGAGAGCUACGAGCAAGGGCUAUGGGAGGCCUGUGUGGUACAGGAGGUCGCCGGCACAGAGUGUCGUUCAUACGACACCAUUCUAGGCCUGGGACACACCUUGACGCUGGCUCGGGUUCUGAUGUGUCUGUCAGACGCCACGUGUCUACUCGGACUUCUCCUUGCCAUUCCGGCGAUGAGUCAGAUCAACUGCUGCAAGGGCGAGGAGGGACAGCGGACCAAAAAAGGUUUGAGGAUCACAGCUGCUGUGUUUUUAUGGCUCGCUGGUUUGCUGGUGCUUACUCCGGUCUCUUACGUCGCCCACGACAUCGUUAUGAAGUUCUUCGAUGAGUCGAUACCUCACGUUGUGCCACGGUCAGAGUUCGGGGAUGCGCUGUUCGUCGGAUGGGCUGCUGGAUUUCUUGACGUUGUUGCUUCAGUAUUGUUGUUCGCGUCUAGUUUUGGCUCAAGAGACCAUGAACGUCAUCUUGUGUAUCAUCAUCAAAGGCAAGAGAUCAUAACUGUGGAUGGGUCUUUGAAGAAGCGCACCGAGUAUGUUUGACUUUUAAAGGCCUUUUAAUGUUGAGGCUUUUUCUGUGGAAAACUUUAAUACUUAUGCUCAAUUUAUCCAUCGAUCAAAUCGAUGAAACAGGUAAAGCAUUAUAAUGAAUUUAUCUUUUGAUAUCUGAAUCAUCUAUCUGAUUCUCCUUGUUUUUCUUAUCGGUAAUAUACAAAACAAAUCCAAAUCAAAUCCCUUUAUUGUCACUCAACCAUAUACACAGGUGCAACAGUAGGUGAAAAACUUGGGAGCAGUUCCGACAUGUUAGUACAGUAUGUUUCUAUUUCUUUCAAAGAGCUGUAGCGAACAACACAUUUUUUGAAUAGCACUAGAAGUUUGUAAAAAGUUAAAAAAGGAAUUUGUAGAUUUUUAUAAAAGAUUUUAACCAGAAAUAUCAGUUAUUUAUAAGUGUUUUUUUUCCAUUCAUUGUUUUGCUUUCAUAUGAGGAGCACAUCAGCAGAUUAAGUUUAAGGAUCACAUUGGGUGAAUUAAAGCAAUCUGAGACAUUUUAGUGAUUUGACCUUUUUUAGUUUGUGAUUCUCACUGAAAUGCGUCAGACCAACAAAUCUGGAAACUUUAUCUCCAAUAUCCAAAUAUGGUCAUGUUAACCUUGCCAUGGGUGCAAGAAAUGCUUGUAAUGGAACAGCAAAGCCCAUUCUCCUGGAUUAGCCUGCCCUAAUUCAUCCUAACAAUGAAAAAAGAACAUGUGUAAUGUUAAGACUGGGACCGUGCAGAAUGCAUUAGUUCAAAUCAAAUGUAAAUAAUAUGAACUCUUAAUGUCACCUGCAAAAGCAACACAUAUUGCUUAGCAGUCAGGUGAAGAGCAUCUACAAACCAGCUGGUGUGAAUACUGAACAGUCUAACUUUUGUAAAAAUUACACAAUAAGCUGACUGAGCAGGCAUAAAUCAUACAAAUAUCAACCUAUAUUAUUAUAUAUACAAUACCUAUUCACUUUCUUGUUUGCUCUCUGUUUUUUCUGUAAUAAUUUAGUUUUAUAGUCAUGUAUUUACAAUUAUGCCAUUUCUAUGCAGCAAAUAUGAAAAUUCUGUCAUGAAUUACUCACCCAUACCCCCCCAAAAUCUGUAUAAAUUUCUUUGCUCUGUUGAACACAAAGAUAUUUUGAAGAAUGUAAGCAACUGACAGUUCUGGGGCUUCAGUGACUAUCAUAGAAAAGAUGUAAAUGAUAGUUAAAGGUGCCCCAGAACUGUUUGCUUUCCAAAAUUCUUCAAAAUAUCUUCUUUUGUGUUCAACGAAACAAAAAUUUUAUAUUAUAAUUUUAAAAUUUAAUUUAAUACUUUUUCCUACUAUGGUAGUCGAUGGUGCGCCAGAACUGUCAGUUGCUAACAUUCUUCCAAAGAUCUUUCAAUGUGUUUAUACAGGCUUGGAACAACUUGGUGAGUAAAUGAUUACAGGAUUUCUAUUUUGGGGUGAAGUAUCCCUUUAAAGUACAAUGCAUUGAAGCUAUAAAUGUUUUCAGCUUGUGCAUUUCCUGGGAAUCUAACCCAUGACUCUACCAGUUAAACAAUAUUAAAUGAAUGGCUGAUGUCAGCUUUACAAAUCAAGAGUGCAAAAAGGACAAAUGAAACAAAAUCCGAGUCCUCUAUGUUCUUGUGCUCAUUCAGGUGAGCUAAUGGCAAUAAAAUUCCUGCUUGAGUGUAAUAGUCUCUGAUGGUCAGAAUAAAGACUAAGCUGUGUAUAAUGAAGACUUUAAUGAGCAGCAUGUACCCUGUGGAAUGCCAAACAGUUCUGCCUCCUCUUUUCUAUCCUAACUGUGAUUUGACCAGGUUAAUAGCAAGGUUACUUUCCAACAGGUACAGCCCUGUUCCAGACAGAAGCACAAGAAACCUCACCAAAUGAAUUACUCCGAAUCUACUAAUACCUGAUUGUAAUAAUGGUUUUAGAUACAGUGUUUACAUUUUGUAAUGGAAGUCAACAGUUAAUCUAUAAAAUGUUAAGCACUUUUUAUGUUUGAAGAAGAGGUAGAAAUAGGUAAAAACCAAUCAAAAUCAAUUGAUAUCAAUCAAAAAAUGUAGUUUUUCUUCAAUAUAACACAAAAUCAGAAUCUCAUCCAAACUGCAGAUGUUGAUGUAGUUCAUUUUCAUACAACAAUUGUAAAUGGUUUGCAACUUUAACUUUUAUUGUAUGUAAAGGGGACAUUUCCUUUGAGAUAUCAACAUUUACAUCAAUCCCAGCAUAUGCACAGAUCUACAAAUAAAAAAAAAAUGGUAUAAAUGUGUUCUCAGACGUGAAGGCGCCACAAAGAUUGUGCCCUGAUCUGACUUCCUGCGAUGGAUAUUGAUAGUGAAAAUGGGCGGUAUGUUUAGAUUUAGAUGUUUAGCUAUUAACGUUCAUUUCCAGCCUUUGGCUCGGCAUAGAAAUACCCUUGACAGAAAGGGGAAAUGGUGUCUUCAACAGUGUUGGGUGUAACUAGUUACUAAGUAAUUAGUUACUGUAAUUUAAUUACUUUUCCCUUGAAAAAGUAAAGUAAGGGAUUACUCUUAUUUUUCUGUAAUUUAAUUACAGUUACUUCUGAUGUAAUUAAACGAAAUACUUUGUGUAAUAUGUGUGUGCGCAGAAGAGGAAUUUACAUCAAAAUUCAAAGUCUAACUUUAAAAUCCGUGCUUUAAUGUAUAAUUCUCACAUUUGUAAUUAAUAAUAAUACUUUAUGUAGUUUUAUAUUAUUUAUUUGAAUGAAUUAAAAGAGCCAUUUCAUGUCUGUCCUUGAAUCACUUAACUCAUCAAGGUUGAUGUAGGAUAUAGAAAGUAAUUUGUAAUAAGUAAUUAAAUACUUUUUGAAGAGAGUAACUUGUACAGUAAUCUAAUUACGUUUUCAAAUGUGUAAUUAGUAACUAGUAAUUAAUUACUUUUUCAGAGUAACUUACCCA